AUGUAAUAAAUAUAAUAAUAAUAGAAUGUAAAGGGCUCUAAAAUCCCAUUCGAAUAUAAAAAGCAAAAAUCACUCUAUGAAGAAACUUCAAAUAAUGAUUCAAAAUAUCAAGAUAUGGACAAUAAUAAAUAAAACUAAAAAUUAAAGGAAGAAAUUUAAGAUAAAAGCGAUUAAAAAAGAGAUUAAAGAAAAAAAUAAUUUAUUCAAUUAGAAGAUGGGUUAAGAAAGCCGAAAAGGAACUAUGAUCCUUAAUAUUCAAAUAAAUAAUAAAUAAUAAACAAAUUAAAGGAAUAAAAAAUAUUCAUUCAUUUUUUUAAUUUGAAGAAAUACGAUUCAGUAAUUGAGCUAUAGAAUCAAUUAUUUUACUGUAAUUUAAGCAAUAUGAAUUUGGAUUCUGAUUUUUUUGAAAUUGAAGGGAAACUUUUUAAAACUGACUAUGAUAAAAAUUACAACCCAAAUUUUUUUACAUAAGAAGGAUCAUUUAUUGUUAGUUUGCUUGAGAAAAAAAUUUAAUUAAAAGUUGAAGUUGAAUAAUAGUUAAGAAUAUCAAUUAAUAGAAAUACUUAAUAAUGUAUUGAAAAAAAGAAAACUAAAUCAGAAUUUAGAUCAUAAAGUUUAGUUAUAUCUAAAAUAAUAAUUAUAGAAGAAGGAAAAAUUAUUAAUGAUUGCAUAACUCCAAAAAAGAAAAAGUAACAUCAACCAACAAAACUCUGGUGUAAAUAUAAUUAAUAAAUAAAUGAAAAUGAUGAAAAUAUAUUAAAAAAUGGUAAGUGGUUAACAAGUAGUAUAAUAGAUAGUUUUGUUUCAUAUCUUAAUAUAUAAAGUAAAAUUUAAAGUGAAAAAGAGUAUUUUGAAAAAAAUUAAAAUGAUAAAUAAUAAAUAAAUAGAAUUCUAUUUUUACCAACAAGUUUAACUACCAACUUUGGAAUGUCUUAUGACUGCAAAAAAGCUCAAAAGUUAUUUUAAGAAGAAUUAUAAUAGUUUGAAGAAAUGAAUUACGAAUUAAAUAUUAUAUAUAAAAGAAUUGGAUUUCCUAUUAAUAAAAAUAACUUUCAUUGGUAGUUUCUUUUGUUUGAUUUUGAAAGAAAUCAAGUAGAAUUAUUUGAUUCAUUAUCUCAUAAUAUAGACCAAAAUUUAAUAAAAACUUUGGCGAAAUUAUUGAAUUUAGAAUCAUGUGAAUAAAUUAAAAAUCAAUUUUCAGGAUAAUAAAAAAAUAGUUAUGCUUGUGGAUAUUAUGUUUGUUCUUUUAUGUAAUAUUGUUAUAAUCUAUAAUUUAAAGAAGAUGCAAAAUAUAAUUAUAAUGAAUAAGAAAUUAUAGAAACACUAUUAGAUGUUAUUAAAGAUGAAAUUAAAUAAUGA